GAAACAAAGAAAUAAAGAGAGACGAUGGGCGGAGAAGAAGGCGGCGACGGGCUGAAGCUGAUCGGGCAGUACGGGAGCGCGUUCGUGACGAGGGUGAAGCUUGCUCUCAGCCUCAAGGGGCUGAGCUACGAGUACGUCGAGGAGGAUCUCAGAAACAAGAGCGCGCUCCUCCUCAGCUCCAACCCGGUGCACAAGGCGGUUCCAGUGCUGAUCCACAGAGGCAAGCCUAUCUGCGAGUCGCAGGUCAUCGUGCAGUACAUCGACGAGGCCUUUGCCGGCAUCGGCCCGCCCCUCCUCCCGGCCGACCCCUACGAACGCUCGGUGGCCCGUUUCUGGGCUGCCUUCAUUGAAGACAAGCUUGUGUCCCCGUGGGACCGAGUGUUCCGGGCGAAGACGGAGGACGAGAGGGAAGAGGCGAUGAAGCAGAUGCUUGCGGCAGUGGACGCUCUGGAGGGAGCACUGAAGGAGGGGAGACCCAGACCCUUCUUCGGCGGCGACAGCGUCGGGUACGUGGACGUCGUUCUGGGCGGUGCCGUCUCGUACGCCAAGGGGCACGACGCGCUCUUCGGUUCCGAGCUCAUCGACGCCGCCAAGACGCCGCUCCUGGCCGCGUGGAUGGAGCGCUUCUGCGAGCUCGACGCGGCCAAGGCGGUCCUGCAGGACGUCGAUAGAGUGGUCCAGUACGGCAAGAUGCUGAUCGCCAAGAAUGCUGCUGCCACUCGUCAGGCGUAGUGUUUUUCUGAUCGAUCAGCUUGUAUGUAUAUGAAUUGAACUUGUAAAACCAAAUCGUUCAAGUUUGAUGGUAAGUUCCAUGUUAGAAA